UUAAUGUUUUUUUUAUACUAGAGUUUCAUAUAGCGCAUUACGCGUGUGACUAACCCUAUUGGAUUUAUUGUAUAGUACACCGGUCCAUACGAAAGUUGUGUAUAUAGUGUCAUGUUGAAAUAGUACACGCAAAAUUCUAUUUCACCAAGAUUUUUUGUUUCCUACAAGAUCAAAUAAGUAGUUCUUUUUACAUUCCAAAACACUCGCCACCUAAUCUGGUCUAUCACAAAAGUUUGUUGAUUAGGGGGAAACUGUAACAAAUGAGUUUCAAGCAAAUAUUACAAGUGAGAUUAAUAAGCAGACAGUGCUCAAUUCGUCAAAGUCAUAAUUAUGCAACAGUAUAUGAAUCAAAUGAUUCAAAAAAUGUUGGCAAACAUGCUAAGGUGCAGGGAUGGGUGCAAGCAUUCCGAAAGAUAAAGGACAAGAUUUUUCUUGAUGUUAAUGAUGGCACAUCUAGUCAAGCACUUCAAGUUGUUUUAGAAAAAGAUGCAAAACCAGAAAAUUUGAGUUAUGGCUGCAGUGUUGCCGUUGAAGGUGGUAUUGCUCUUGCUCCAAAUGGCAGACCAGAACUGCAAGCUGAGAAGAUUACUGUUAUUGGUAAACUUGAUCUUGAAGGAUAUCCUUUCUUACCAAGAAAGCAGUAUUCACCAGAUUACAUUCGUCAGUAUUUACACUUCAGACCAAGAACAAGAUCUUUUGCAAGCAUUAUACGCCUUCGUGAUCAGGCUUCAAAUGCUAUAAGAGAUCAUAUGAGAAAUCGUAACUUUAUCAAUAUUCAUACUCCAAUAUUGACUUCAAAUGACUGUGAAGGAGCAGGAGAAAUUUUUAAUGUUGAACCAAGCUCAAAAAAACUCAUGGAAGAGAUGAAGAAAGAGAAUAUAAAUGAUUUAGAUGCAGCUUAUUUCAAUACAAAAACAUUUUUGACUGUAUCAGGACAGUUACAACUUGAAGUUUGUGCAAGAGCACUGGCAAAAGUUUACAACUUCAGUCCAGCAUUUCGUGCUGAAAAUUCAAAGUCAAGACUGCAUCUUUCAGAAUUUUAUAUGAUUGAGACAGAAAUAGCUUUUAUGUCAAGUCUUAAAGAACUUGCUGCUGAAGCAGAACUACUUAUCAAAGCAACUACCAUGAACCUUUUAGAAAAGGGAGCAAAAGAUCUCCAAGCUGUGAAUGCUCCAGAACCAACCUGGAUAGGAAAAGAUUUUGGAUACAUAACAUACAAUGAAGCUGUUGACAUUCUAGAAAAACAUUCAGACAAGUUGAAUUUUCCAGUCAAACGUGGCGAGGUUUUAGUAAGAGAACAUGAAUUCUUCUUAGUAAAACAUUAUGGUAAUAUUCCUCUUUUUGUUGCUGAAUGGCCUAAACAUAACAAACCAUUUUAUAUGAAAGAAUGCGAAAAUGAUUCUUCAAAAGUCAAAGCUCUAGAUCUUUUGGCACCAAUGGUUGGUGAAUUGGUUGGAGGAAGUGUAAGGGAAGAUAACUAUGACAAAUUAAAGUCAAAACUACCAGAAAAUGCUAAUCUUGACUGGUAUCUUGAAUUGAGAAAAUAUGGAAAUGUCCCAACAGCUGGUUUUGGAAUGGGAUUCGAAAGAUAUCUGCAGUUUGUUUUAGGAGUACCAAAUAUCAAAGACGUGAUUCCUUUCCCUAGGUGGCCACAUAACUGCUGUUUCUAAAGUAAAGAUUAUUCUAAUGUAGAUAUAUACCUAUUAUAUAAAAAUCUUCACGAUUUUUAAAAAUAAUGUGAUGUUUUUAACAUUCAGUAGACAAUUUCAAUUUAUUUAAAAAAUUUGUAGAUUUGUUUUUUAAAUAAAGUUGUUUAAUUUUUCUCAUAAAUUUUAGGAAGUGUGAA